AUGAAGACUAUGAUAGUUUUCCUAUACAUCUUGGGAGCUGUGGCUGCAAUCCCGACAAAUGCAAAGUUCUUCUCUGAUCAUUCCAAACCAACUGCCGACUCUUUGAGUUCCAUUCAACAGGCUGAAACGUCAGUAACACCCGACAACACUGCAAUUCCUAUUUUAGGGAUUGAAGAGUCAGAAAAUGAAAAAGAAGCUGCAGUAUCUAUAGAAGAUCAUCCCAAUUAUGAGGCUGAAAAAUCUUCAAUACUAAAGUCAAAAGAAGAACACCAUGAACAAUCAGAAGAUCAGGAUCAGAAUUACAGCCAAGAGCUGGGACUGAAGGAUGAAAAGGACAGUGAUGGUAGCUUAGGUGUGAAUUUGGAAUACAAACCAACUGAAGGAACAGUGGACCUAAAAGAAAAUAUUCCUGAAAAGAAAAAUCUGCCAGAGAAGGUUGACUUUCUUGCUCCUGAUGUUAGUUCCACUGUGGAUUAUAGCCAACAAGAAAGUAUCACAGAGAAACAGAAAUAUCAAGAUCAUCAGCUGAACAGGAGCAGCAAACAUAGCCAAUACCUAAGUGAUCCAGGAAAUCAAGAGCAGAAUCCAAAUAUUUUCAAAGGGGAAGAGGAAGAGGAAGAAGAGCCAGGUGCAGUUGGUACUCACAAUGAUAACCAAGAAAAGGAGGAAGAAUUUCCCAAGGAGCAUUUGAACAGCAAUCAGGAGGAAGACAGCACCCAACCUGAUGAUAUUUUGGAAGAGUCCAGUCAACCAACUCAAGUUAGCAAGAUGCAGAGGGAAGAAUUUGAGCAGGGUAACCAAGAACAAGAAGAGGAUAAUUCCAAAGCAGAAAUGGAAGAGGAACACACAUCAAAACUCAAUAAGAAUGUUCAAGAUACUGAAUGGCAGAGCCAAGAGGGAAAAGGUGGCCUUGAAAUUAUCAGCACCCACAAGGAGAUGCAUAAAAAGACUGUUCCUGAAGCUUCACUCGUGGAGCCUACUGACGAUGGUAACAGCAUGCCCAGAAAUCUUGAGGCUGAGGAUGGUGGUGAUGGCCCCAGGCACAAUGUCAGUGAUGACUACUUCAUCCCAAGCCAGGCCUUCCUGGAGAGUGAAAGAGCUCAGUCCAAUUACUAUCACAUCAGCAAUGAGGAACCAAAAGAAAGAGCACAUGAGAAGGAGAAUGUUGAUAGUGGACCUGGAGAAUCCCAAGGGGCCCAGAAAGCAGAGAGCUCACCUAAUGAAGAUGAAAGUUCAAGUGAAGGUAACAUGAGGGUGGAGGGCGUUGAUUCUUGCAUGGGUUUCCAGUGUAAAAGAGGACGCGUUUGUAAGGCUGACCUACAGGGAAAACCCCACUGUGUUUGCCAAGAUCCAGUGACUUGUCCUCCUACAAAACUCCUUGACCAAGUUUGCGGCACUGACAAUCAGACCUAUGCUAGCUCCUGUCAUCUGUUUGCUACCAAGUGCAGACUGGAAGGGACCAAAAAGGGGCACCAAUUGCAGCUGGAUUAUUUUGGAGCCUGCAAAUCUAUUCCUGCUUGUACGGACUUUGAAGUGACUCAGUUUCCUCUACGGAUGAGAGACUGGCUCAAGAAUAUCCUCAUACAGCUUUAUGAACAUAACCCUGAACAUGCUGGAUAUCUAAAUGAGAAGCAGAGGAAUAAAGUCAAGAAAAUUUACCUGGAUGAAAAGAGGCUCCUGGCCGGGGACCAUCCCACUGACCUUCUCUUAAGAGACUUUAAGAAAAACUACCACAUGUAUGUGUAUCCUGUGCACUGGCAGUUUAGUGAACUCGACCAACAUCCUAUGGAUAGAAUCUUGACACAUUCAGAGCUUGCACUUCUGCGAGCAUCUCUGGUGCCCAUGGAACACUGCAUAACCCGCUUCUUUGAGGAGUGUGACCCCAACAAGGACAAGCACAUCACCCUGAAGGAGUGGGGCCACUGCUUUGGAAUUAAAGAAGGUAAAUUCAUCAUCAGCUGAGGGAAAGAGUA